AUGCGGCGCCACACGGCGGCGGUCGUGGCGCUCGGGGAGCGCAGGCAGUGGAGGCAGGCGCUGCACCUCCUGGGCAGCCUGCCGCAGCCCAACACCAUCGUCUGCAACGCCGCGAUCACCGCCUGCGGCCGGGGCCGCCAGUGGCCCCAUGCCCUGGCGCUCCUGGCUCAGAUGCGCGGCCACGGCCCCCCUCCCGACGCCGUGACGUACGGCGCUUGCGCCAGCGCGUGCGACAAGGCCGGCCAGCCAGCAGCUGCGCUGGAGCUGUUGGGCAGCUUGCGCGCCUGGCGCGUGCGGCCCGACCCCGCCACCACCAGCGCGCUGGUCAGCGCCUGCAGCCGCGGGCUGCGGUGGCUGCAGGCGCUCGACGUCGCGGCGGAGCUGGCCGAGGCGGCCGACCCAGGCGCCCCAAAGGACGGACGCCGUGCUGCUGGGCGCGAUCGUGAGCGCGCACGCGCGCGGGAGCCGCUGGGCGGACGCCCUGGGCCUCCUUCGACGGGCGCGGGCUGCUGGCGCGCAGAUUGGCCUUGUCCUCUGCGGCGCAGCCGCCGGCGCAUGCUGCGAGGGCGCGUGGUGGGCGGGAGCCUUGUCCCUCCUGGAGGGCAUGCGGCGGAAGGGCCCGCGCCCUGA